ACGUGUUCGUACAUGUGAAAAACAGGCUAUAUAAAUCGCCACCUAAUAAUAAUGACCAGUAUAACGACUUAAAAAUGGAGACAAUGAUUAUAAUCCAGAUAUUCUUGUUUGGAAUAAGCAAAGCGUUCAUGUUGAGUGCUGAUUCUUGUAAGUCUCCGCCUGUAGCCAAUGGAUACCAGAACACGAGAUACAACGGACUCUGGUAUGAGGUAUCUAAGGCCCAGACAGCUGGCGGAGCGUUCUUUGAGAAGGACUGUGUAUGUACGACUAUCGACGUGCAACCUGUGCCCUCAGCAACCAACGGAGAUUCUAAAGCCAUCAACAGCUGCCGGAAGAUUACACCCACGGGGAACUUUAUGAAUGCGACAGGAACAUUAUCGAACGAGGGUCCUUUGGGUCACUGGAAGGAGGGUUUCUUCCCCGGAGCUCCUAAGGCAGAUUACACCAUCAUUUAUCUGACAGACAAUGUGGCAGUGGAGUACGAUUGCAGUUCCUUCCUGGGGCUUUAUACGAACUAUUGCAUCCAUAUUCUGUCACGAACCCCCACCAUAUCUUCUGACGAGGAGGACGCCGCUAUCAAAUACGCCGAGAGUUUAGGAUUAAACACUCAAAAUUUACCAUUUCACAAAACCUUACAAGAAGGAUGCUGGUGAAGAUUAGAUAGACAGUUAUACUAUUAUGUAUAAUUACAAGAUAUACUCAUUUGUAGAAUAUGACAAAAAUCGCAAUGAACAUUUCCUUGAAUGUCCUAUCGAUAAAGUUUACUCAUUUUGUGUAAAAGAAUGCAAAUAAUAUUUUUUGUCUUGUGUAAUAUAAUUGCACAAAGCGACUCAUUUCAUUGUAGCAUUUAAGGAAUAAAGUUCUAAUUCGAUUGAA